AUGAACCAGACUACGAGCACCCCCUUCUCCGCCUCCGCCUCCACCACCCCUUCUCCCAUCAUCUCGCAGAAUGGGAUCGGACGCCUCAGUGAGCAGUUCGGCCACCCCUUCUUCUCUCUCUCUCUUUCCGCCAUUCUCCGCUCGAUGACCGGCCUUGAGCAGGACGUCUAUAAUGGCGAUAACGAAGGCGGUCAGCCUGGACCUGAAGAAAAUAGGGUCCGGCUUUCCGCCAGCAACCUCGGCAAGCCUGAGGGGGCUGCUCCUGAAGAAAAUAGGGAGCAGCUUUCCAACGGUUAUGACCAGGAGAGGAAGCAGUUUUCCGACGGCGGAGUCGAGAUUAUCUCCGAAAGGGGAUAUUCUCUUAACUAUAACCGACCUUCCGACGACCCGUAUCAUCUCUCACAGGGAUACACACAGAGCUCCAUCCUGAGCUUCGACGGCCCAGGCGACAUUGUCGACUGGGACCUGAAGGCUCUUGAGGACGCGCUCCCGGCGAAUCCAGAAUUCCCGGACCCCCCUGAGGACGACGAGGACGACGACUGGGAUGGAGAGCGCGGAGGCGACGAGACAAUUCCGCCUCCUGCCGCGGGUGACCUGAUCGAGAACAGGCCCCAUCCUCCCCCAGAAGACGGCGAGGAAGAUCGGUGGUCCGAUGAGGGCGAGUCUUCCAGCGAAGAAGAGAUGGAUGAAGAAGAGAAGGAACCUGGUCCCUCUCCCCGGCAAACUUCUAGUCGUGCCGACCGCAAUACCAUCUGGUUCAUUCCAGAUCUGGGUGUGUUUGUGGACGGUGCUACCGGAAACGCAGCUGACAACGCUGCUGUGGUGGAAGAGGAGCCUGCGUCGAAUGACGUUCAGCCUUCUGAAGCCCAGCGCUCGGCGAAGUCGCUGCGGUCGGGAGAGCAUCUUCCGCCUUGGGAGCUCGCUGCCAAGGAUCGGUUGGUGUUUCAGAGGUCCAAUCCCCUCCUCCGACAUCCCUUCAUUGUCGCUUCGGAACGACGAAAGCGCCAGGUCGAGAGCCGAUUGGUAAGGGCUCGACGGGUGUUGAUGAGAGAACGCCUGCAAUCGCUGCCUCCUGACCUUGCGCGGUUUUUGCGCGACCAGGAUGGUGGUGAGCAGAAGCAGGCGCUUCUUCGUGCUCUAAUGAGGCGCCAGCCUCAGGGCCGUAGCGGAGUCCGACCUGACGGACCUGACGACUUCCGUGGUAGCCAGAGUACAGAUGGCAGUGUUCCGCAAGGACCUGCUCCCCAUCUUCAUCCAAGGGUUCCCCAAGAAACUCUUGAUCAGGGCAGCAGCUCUCCCCCUGCAGAGGGGUCAGGACUGAGCACCCCAACGAUGAGCCUCCCAGGCGGACGUGGCAGCCCUCGAAGUGUGGACUCGAAGUCUGUUGUUGGAAAGAGACGUCGGAGUAAUCUCCUUGAUGUCGAAUCCGAUGACGAGGUAGAGUACCUUGCGGAGAGGGGUCCGACCAAGAAGCUCAAGUUGGGGGGCAAGGAGCCCAGUGCGCUGGCUGGGCGUGGAAUUCCCACCGACUCGUCGGAUGAUGUUUCCAUGCACCCAGUGCCCGUCGCUCUCCAACCGCCGACGCAGGUUCCUCAUGUGGUCUGGGGACAAAGCGCGGCGGAUGACCAGCAGGAGGUUCCCAUGGUCGUGGAGCCUUCUGCUCCUCAGAUGAUCCCUCAGGACACCCAAAGUCUACCAUCUAUGGAUGUAGACGCUCCUGAGCAGCUGGCCGAGGACGAGGAUUCUGAUAUGGGCGAGCCUAUCCCUGAUGAGGAUAGGUCCCUUUCAGCACCCGACUCUCCCAUGGCCGACGUCGUUGACGAGGUUGAUUUCGCAACUGCAGUCAAUGACACGCUGAUGACGGAAGCCAGUGAGGAUGUGGAUGACGCCAGUCCAGCUGCCGAAGCCGUUAAGGACGGGGCCGGCACGGAUUCGGUUGAUGAUACUCCGAUGGUUGAGGUCACUGGGAAUUCAGAGGACGCGGGUUUGGUGCCUGAAGUCGUUACCGAAAGGGACUCGACGGACGGUGCUUCCGUUGAUAUGGUCAUUGGGGAUGAUGGCCCGGAUUCGGUACCAGACGCCGUUGAUUGUGGAGACAUCACCAGUUCGACUGAUGAUGAUCCCGUCAGCGAGGCCAUUCGGGACGAUGGCUCCGAUCUGGUACCAGGCACCGCCGACGACAAGGAUGCAGUAGAUUUAGUACCUGCUGCUCCCGUUAGCGAGGCCGUCCGGGACGAUGGCUCAGAUCAGGUACCCAGUACCGCCGGCGACAAGGGUGCGGUAGAUUCAGAAUUUGCUGCUCCCGUUGGUGAGGCUGUUGACGUUGUGGAAGAGGUCAUCACGGUACCUGACGCCCAAACGGCGAUCGAGGUUCAUGAGGGGGAUACCGCGAGUUCGGCGAAUCAGCUUGAUGGGAAGUCUACCCCUUACCCGACUCCCGAGAGCUCGCCUGAACCGCGGGCCAUUCCCCAAAUUGACCCAGCGCCGAUUCCGGCCAUGACGACGGCCACGACUGCUGUGCGAUCUGGCGAAGAGCCGAAGCCACGAAGUCUCACGACUUAUCGGCCAGUCAGAAUCGCGAUCCCAGCGGCAUCCUUGGUGGACCCGGAGGUCCGAGCGAAGCUUGGAUAUCCUCCGUGGAAGGAGCCAAAAUACCUUCCAAAGGAUGUGCGCAGGAUCCAGUCGGUCAAGUCUGGUCCGAAGGAGGACAGGUUCCAGCCCAGGCGGAAGCCCGCAAGGUCGUGGCGAAAGCCUGCGGAGAUGGAACCUGGGGAGGACAAUGCUGCGAAGGCCAUGAACCCGUCGGAGCCGUCGGGGGAUAGCCCAUCGCCAGCAACGGUCGCGGAGCAGCCCGACUCCAAGGCCGAACCUCCGAAAUCCUCGAAGACCUCGAAGCUCGUGGCUCUCCUCCGGGGUGGUGGAUCCCAGGACGCGAGGUCCGCAGCCACGGGCGACGAAGUCGACAUGGAAGAGGUGGAGAGUCUCCGGCGCGUUUUCGGCGGCAACGUGUGGACGCGGUCGCGGAAGGUGAACCGGAAGGUCACCCCCGUGGACACUCCCACGCCUGCCGAAGAGCCUCAGUAUCUCCAUGCCAUGACGAAGAAGACCACUCAUUCGUGGAUGAGAGGGAUCUUCGGCCUCUGGGGAGAAAAGGUCGGCCAGGCUUUGCCGGAGGCAGGUGGAGGGAGCAGUAGCUCCAUCGGUGCGGUGCUGGGAACGGCGGUGGUGGUGGUCACGGUCUGUCCCUUCUCCGCCCGAGCUGGUAUUGACGCUUCGAACCACAUCAUCGACGACGCCAUUCUAACUUCCGCCUGGAGCACCGGCAGCCCCUUUUUGUACUCCGGCACCCGUAUCCUCCGCUCCGUUGCCCACAAUGGCCAAGCACCGAAAUUCUGCAGCCGCACCGAUAAGAGAGGCGUCCAAAUUCUCUCGUCAGCUGCCCCGAGUACCAUACGCUCCAUCACUCCCGCCAGGCCUCGGUAA